AUGGGAGACAAUAAGGAAGUCUUCGACACGGAUUCUGAUGUCGACAACUAUAAUGGCGACAACAAGCCACCGUCCCUGGAAAAGAACCAGGACGAUGACCAGUACAUGGACGGCUGGAGAGGAUGGCUAGUGGUAGUAGCCGCUUCAUGUUCUUUAUUCAUCUAUUUGGGAGUGAUUUACUCCUGGGGUGUAUUAGCAUCUGAGCUGGUGAAGACGACGUCAUUCUCAUUAACGACUUUGACAUUCGUCGGGUCGCUAGCUACCUCUUUCAUGGUCUCGCUGAGUAUUCUGGUUGGAAUGACUAUCCGGCGAUUCGGAUAUCAGAAGACGGCUUUUGUAGGUGCAAUUCUCAUGGGCCUGGGCGAGUUCUUGGCCAGUUGGGUGACGGGGCAUCUGGCCGGUCUAUUCAUCUGCCAUAGCGUGCUCUUUGGCGUGGGUGGAGGGUUGACUAUCAUGCCGUGUUCUACCGCUCCUCUACGAUGGUUCCGAAAGUAUCGGGGCCUUGCUACCGGUGUAGUCUUUGGCGGAGGUAGUCUCGGAGCCGCAGCUAUGAGCGUUGCCGCAAACCUACUUGUGUCAGAGCUUGGUGUGCAAUGGACUCUUCGAAUCUUCGGUCUGCUCGCAUGGGCAGUCUGUGUACCAGCGGCGUGCAUGAUUCGGCAGCCCCAGAGCACGGCUGCAGCUGUGCCACAAUUACAAUGGUACCGUUUCAGAGAGCGAGCAUUCAUCCUCCUCUUCAUCGGCAGUGGGCUCGGCUGCUUCCCGCUCUUCAUCCCGUCAUACUUUAUCCCAAUAUACGCACGGGCCGUGGCAUCGCAACGUGUCGCGGUCAUUAUCCUGGCAAUGUGGAACGUUGCGUCGACCGUGGGACGCGUGCUCGCAGGCUUCCUGGCUGAUACGAUACUGGGACCAUUGAACAGUCUCAUUCUGUCCCUGCUCUUGGCAGGCGUGAGCGCGCUCGCUAUCUGGCCGUUUGCCGACUCCGUCGCUGUGUUGUCAGUGUUCAUCGUCCUCAAUGGUCUUGGAUGCGGUGCCUUUUUCAGCCUAAUACCUGCUGCCGUUGGGUCAAUGUUCGGUGCCAAAAAUACCAUGGGCGUCUUGCCGAUUCUGUGGGCUGGAUGGUUCUUCGGCUACUUCUUUGGCUCGCCUAUAGCCGCUGGAAUUUAUUCCUUGUCCGACAAGGAUACCGGCACUGAUGCCUACCGACCGGCUGCGUAUUACGCAGGGGGCAUGUCUAUCGUCGGCCUGCUGUUUGUGGUUGCAAUCCGCUGCUUGUAUUCUCGAAAGUUCUUCGCUCGAGUCUGA